AUGUCUGCUCUUUCCAGAAAGCUGGCCCUUGUACUUUCUCACGUCGCGUUCUAUUUGUUCUGGCACACUUCCGCAUUCGGACCAACUACCCGCGCAUAUCCCAUACCUUCAUUCUUUCCCAUCAGUUCGAUCGCCUCGUCUCGAGCCCUGGCAGAAUCAUCUUCCACACGCACAUUCAUUUCAGAGGCAACCGAUGCUUUCACUAGCACCACAAUAAUCUCUGAUCCCUCUGUCAGCUCAGCGACACUCCCACGUUCAGCAAGCAAAACUUGGCUGUACGCCUCCUCGACUUCCAGUGCCAAGAUUUACGAUACCACUGUCUCAACGGUGUCAAAUACAUUCCAGCUCCUUCAGUUACAGUCAGCGACUUCUUCGUCCAUCGCGAGAAGUUCAAGCACACAAUACUCAUUUAUAACGUCCUCAGCACUACCGACUACUCAUUCAGCCCAGAUUCAUACUUCUUACUCCACCCAAGCCAUCAACAGUUCAUCGUCCUCACACGGCCUUAAGCCUGCCACUUCCACUGCAACAGAUGCUCAGACAAUGACGCAAGUCGAGCUCUCGAUGCCAUCAAUGGUAGCGCUAGUCGUGGGCAGCAGCGUUGGUAGUGCUAUACUUUAUCGCCGAGGAAGUUAUAAGAAGGUUUCCCACGGAGAUGACUCCUUGCCUACCAAUGCCGAUGAUUCUACUGGCUUGCACCCGCUGUCUAGAUUCUCCACAUUUGCCAUCAGACCAUGGAACUUAAGUCGAGAGGGCAGGAAUACAAAUCGAAACUCGGGUUAUCACCCAAUAGUAGAAUCCGGUACCAGAGAAAGCGAUGCGGCUUUGGUCACCAUGAAACCAUCCUCCUUCGAGUUCCCAGCAGCGAACUCGUCACCUGUGAUCACUCUGCACGCCGCGGGUGCAUAUCCGUGGAACACGGUGCCUCCUCCCCGAGAGGUUGAUUCUGGUGUCAUUCUUACAUCCACUCCAACCGUGCUGCCCCCUGCGUACAACGACCUCUACACUCCGCCAAGCACAAUCUCCCAACACCGUGUUAAAGAGGCCCUCUGACAGGCGCUCAGAUUCAACUAUUCCACAGCAUACUUCCAAGUUGCCUUGGAUAGGGAUGAAUUUGACGCUUUGGUUGACAUGGGAAGAUCAAGUACUAUUUAUGUGCCACAUAUGUACGUUAUUGCCUUGACAUGUCCGCGAGCUUCGCGAGUCCGUACUUAUACGCAAGCGCAUACUGUGACAUCGUA